AUAGAUAUUAAUUGAGGAAGAACAAGGAAGACGAGGUAGGAAGAAGGAAACUUCCGCCACGCGCUGCCGUCUCUAGAGCCAAACUACCACUUGUAAAACAACUGGCGAAGGUCAAUUUCCCUUGGUUUUAAAUAUAAAUACAUCUCAUGUGCCCACACAAAACCGGGUUCUCAACUUUCAGAUAGAUAUAUCUGUUGUCCUAAGCUUCCGCGUCUUUCACACUUCCAACUCCUUGUAGGAAUAUACUUCCAACUCCUUGUUUGGAUGUCUAUCUAUAUAUAGAGAGAGUAUCUUAUCCAAUCUCAAUUACUUCCUUAUCAUUUUCUAGUUUCUGCUAUAUAUAAACAACCAUUAAUCUCCUUCAAUUCUGCCUUCUUGCUAUAUAACCAUCCCUUAAUUUUAUCAUGAUUUCCGAUAAGCUUUCACCUCCAUAUUCGCCUUCAACUUCACCCAAAUCUGCUCUAACAAGAUUGCGACGCAAAUUAUCUCCAAGGAGAGCCGACAGUCGGCGUUCUCUUUCUCCUCCUCCAUCAACUAAUGGUGCUAUCGCCACCGAACUUCAAAAGGUCUUCAACUACUUCGACGAGAAUGGAGAUGGAAAGAUAUCUGCGGAUGAGUUGCGGAGCUGCGUGAGGACGAUGGGAGGGGACCUUUCUAAUGAGGAAGCGGAGUCUGCCGUAAGCUCAUCUGAUAUGGACGGAGAUGGACUGUUAGGUUUCGAGGAUUUCCAAAGGCUUAUGGAGAGCAGCACCUCCGAGGACGAUAAGAAGGAAGAGCUCAAGCACGCGUUUAGCAUGUACGAGACGGAGCCUGGCUCUGGAUUCAUUAACCCUACCAGUUUGAAGAGAAUGCUGAAUCGAUUGGGCGAGUCAAGGUCCCUUGACGACUGUAAGGCCAUGAUUGGAACUUUCGACCUUAAUGGAGAUGGCGUCCUUAGCUUCCACGAGUUUACUGUCAUGAUGCGCUGAUUCCUCUAACUCCAUAUAUUACAGGCUUUUUUUUUUUUUUUUUUUUUCUGUACAGAUACAGUUCACAUAUUGGAAUGUUUCCUUCUAAAUUCAUUAAUCCAAAAUUUGACACAAAUAACGAUAAUUUCAUGCCA